AUGUCCCGCCUCCUCCUCCUCACAGGCCUCCUCGCCGCCAGCGUCGCCGCCCAAGCCGACCACGCAGCCCCGGGCUUCAAAUACAUCGGCUGCGUCGAGGCCGAGCCCCCGGCCUUUUCCUCGUGGAAGACCGCCACGGACCUGCCCGCCUCCUUCUCCGCCGAGCAAUGCCAGCACGCGUGCCACGAAAAGGGGAAGUACGCCGCCCUGGACGGCGCAGGAGGCUGCCGCUGCUACCUCUCCGAUGAUGAUGGCACUAGCAAAGAAGAAGAGCCCAAGUACAAUGUCAUUGACGAGUCGGUUUGCCAGAUCCCCUGCGCGGCGGCUGGUGGGUUCUGCGGAGGCCCGGAUUGUCCUGUUACGGGAAAGAAGCGGUAUAGCUUGUAUAAGAAGGAGUACGAGGAUGAUGCGUGCGAGGAGGAGCACGGAGAUGACAAGAACAAGGACGACAUUGGCACCUGGAACUGGAACAACAAGGACAAGGAAGACCCCGCCACGAAAACGACGACGGAGAUCAAGACGAUUACGUCCUGCCCCCCCGAAGUCACAGACUGCCCUCUGAGGGCUCACGACAAGGGCAUCGACACGCCGCCGUUCUCCCCCAUCACGAAGCACCAGGCUGCCUCGUCGGCCGAGCCAGCCACGCCCUCCCAUUCUGAGCCGGCAAAGCCGGAGUGUGAUGGCGAGCACUGCAAGAAAAAGCCCGAGUGCGAUGGCGAGCACUGCAAGAUCACUGCUACUACUGCUGCUGCUCCCAUUUCUUCUCCUCCUUCUUGGUCUUGCCCUCCCGGAGGACCAUGCGUCAAGCUUGUUACGGACUCUGCGCCCACGCACCCGAGGCCUACGAACGGUGGCGUGGUCCCUACCAAGGUGCCGGUGACGAUCAGCGGGGCGGUUCCUCGAUAUGAGGCU